GAGCCCGGCGCGGUUGCUGCGCUUCCCCGCCUAUGCGGUGCGCCAGCGCCUGCCUGGCGUCACCAAGGCAUGGGAAGCUUCGGGCUCUCGGCUCUCGGGGCUUUGCAGGUCCUUGUCCGUGAGGGAGGGAGAGGCUCCGUCCAUCUUUGCCGGCGCAGCUUGGCGGAGA